AAAAAAUGCCGAUUUUUGCUCGCGCUUUGGAGCGGUGGUGCCAUCGUGCGCAUGGGCGAAUCGAGGUCUUUCUUUGAUCAAAUGGCGACCUCUGGCGCAACGUCAUCGUCCGCUUCCCGAGGUAGCAACAGCAGAAGAACAUCAAGUGGCUCGACAUACUCAAAAAGUCUUGCCAGUGGUUCUGCUUCGCGACGGCCCACGAGACCCUCGCCGCCAGCAGGGGGCAGAACCGCUUUGGACUCGCUUGUGCCCUCCGGACGCACCAGACUUGGCGGAGCCGCUUCGUUCGCAUCCACCUCAAGUUCUACUAUGGCCCGGAUGACCGAGUGUCUCAACCGAGCUCAUGCUCUGCGACCACAUAAACCUACUGGAGGUGCGCCCGGGCCGGCCGCAAGGUCCACGCCAGCAAGCAGUCCCUAUGUGCCUGCCUUCAGGUCGUUGACAACGACAGACUUGGAGUUGCAGGAGCCACGCCCAACAACUGCCGGCAUGGUUUCAACAUGUACGGCCACGGCAGAAACAAAACAAGCUGCCAAGGCGCGGCCGCGCUCUGCCUUGCCGAGCCCUGCCGGUCGUCUCAAAGGUAGCAGAACGCCCAGCCCCAUCGGGGACUUCCCGCCCCGCACGACCACUGGUGGGUCGCACAACUACUAUCACGACAACCAUCAGGCGGAUGACAUUCAUCUCUCCUGCGAAUUCUCCAGCUGCGAAUCUGAUUGCGAGACGGCCCAAAACGUCGUAAGUACGAUGCUCGCUUCCAGUGCUUCCGAACCCGUGUUGCCGAACCAACGCUCCGGAUCGCCAGCUAUCAAGCUAGCUCUUCCGCACGAAGUGGCUGGGCAACACCCUGCCUCCCACCGCAGCGCUCUGCCGAAUGCGCUCUUCCGGGCAACGUUGCCGGUCUACAAUCCGAAUUUGCAACGGCCCAGGUCGGCUCCGCCGCCGGGGGGAUGGCCGGUCGCGAAGUCCCACGCAAAGCGUAAGAUGAUAAAGCGUCAUCGCCCCCGUCCAAGCUCUUCGGACUGCUACGCGGAGAUGACGGCAUCAAACCGCCGCCCGCUGCUGUUGGACCUCACUUGGAAACUGAUUCCGGUCGAAGGAGAGCAGGGCGAUGCCUGAAAAAUGAUGCUGUUGUAAACGAAAUCUUGAUAAAGCGAGGCGACUAUGAAACAAGGAGUGCUGGCCUAUCGCACAUAGUGAUAUUCCGACUGCUUCUGCUAGUAGAAUAACCAUUUACGACCCCUUCCCCUCUACUAGAUAGUUUGUGUGGCGCAUCUAUCGAAGUCGAACACAAACAGAGAGCUGAUAUUCUUGCAGAAAUAAAUGUGAAGGUGGCACAUAAGGAGUAGUUUCACUCGCCAUGCAUGCGACUUAUGUUUAUCGGCCAUUUUUGUUGCCUCAAAUAAGCUUGACGUAUGAAAAAUCCGCCCGAGUCGACCGAGGGUCUCAACUACUGGCGACAGUGUAGUUUCAUAAUAGAACCACGACGGUGGUAUGUGUGAGCGACCGGACAACAUGCAACACUUCUGCCGACUGACACGAGGAACAUUGACUGAAGUUUAUGUAGAUAUAUGACACAUAUGGAUAAAAAUUUAAGUACCUUCUCGCAUGUAUUCCUUCAGGAGCGGUAGCCGCUUUUGCAAACAGAACCGAAGGUUGUCUUUGUUUGAGAACUGUAACUGACAAUUUCUGUCCUGUGAGGAUAUCGUGCCUCUGCCUCACAUGAUCAUAUUUUUAUGUGUACAAUAGGGCGGUGGAC